UUGGUCGUCGGUCAGCUUGAUGGUUGACUUGACGACCGUCAUAAAUAGACACGAACACCGCUGAACGAUUGAUACUAUCAUUUGCGCAUCGUCAGCACUCUGCAGAUGAGCGGGAAGUGAAGACUGAAAGCCGAAACCAUCGCUUGGCGGCUGGCGCUGGCUGUGGAAAAGUAGAGAACGUGCGGGUUCAAGACGACCGACCGAGGCUGGUGGCUACGGGUGGCUGCGAGUUGCUACUGGUGCUGGUGGGUCUAGGACGGGUUUGCGGUUUACCAUUGGCGUCUGGCACAGGUGGGGCUGGUGAGCGGCAUCCGCAAUGGCGCAGGAGAAGAUGAGCCGUCCAGAGGAGAUCGCACAGAGUAUUGGGAAACAGGAGGGCGAGCGGCAAGACAUAGCUGGCAAGCCCAUCACGAAGGAAGAUGCGUCUCAUAUCCAGGCCGAAGCAAUGAAGGCGGGUGAGGAAGUGAAACCGGGGUCAUUGGCCGCUCGUGCGCAGUCGGCAGCUUCCGUGAAUGUGAGAGAGGGGCGGAUUCCCCCAGGACCAGGUCUGGGAGAUGUCAAACCGUUCGAUGAGGAGCCGUACAAAAGCGAUUUGCAGCAGCAUGGGAUGGAGAUUGGCGGGAAGCCGGGGGAGAAGCGAGACGUGGCGGGAAAGCCGAUCACACCCGAGGAUGCUAGUCGGAUUCAGCAAGCGGAAACAAGGUUAGGUCAUGACACCUCGAAGGGAAGCUUGUCCGCGCGCGCGGCUUCUGCGGCAGCAGCAAAUGUGCGCGAGGGGAUCGUCAAGCCCACUCCCGGGGGCGGGACAGCCGGCGCCACUCCGCGUGACCGCAGGAGUACGUUGGAGCAGCGGGCUCCUCAGUCGCGAGAGGAGCUCCGACAAGAAAUUCGUCGUGACCGUCGUCAAGAACAGGGACAGUAACUCUACAAUAGGAAUCCAGCGUAGAAGGAUUCAAAGGACAGCGUGCAGUGAACUGGCGCCAAACCGCGACAUAUGUGACCGUACUACCCGUUUUCACCCCGAAUACGAUUUACGGUGGUUAUAGCUGUACUAUGAGCAGCUUUGAGUCUAGAUACAGCAAUAAUGACCGUACUUUGUAUUUCGGUCAAGACGGAACGAAGCACUUCUAAGCAGUUAAUACCGUAGACUCUGAGACGGAUGAUCAGGACGCGAACUCGGCAAGGGCUUUUGCGGUGAUACGAUGGGUUGAGUUCGGUCUUUGUGAUAGCUUCCUCCCCCGAAUACAACGCACGGUCAUUAUAGCUGUAUUUGGGGUACAUUUCAAUGAUUGCAGUCUAAAUACAGCUACAAUGACCGUACGUUGUAUUCGGGGUGAAGAAGGUAGUGAGGGCUCAAUAAUGUCGUGGCCGAGCGGAGGGAUACUGACCUUGAGUGUGCGUAACGGGGGCGUUAGAAUUGCUGAAAGUGGAGGGGGCGUUAGAAGCGGAGGGGGGAGGGGGGCAUUAGGGCCAGAUGCCACUAGCCCAAAUUUUUCAUUUCUGACCGUUGAUCUUCGUAAUCGAGGGUGGAAAAUGAAUAAUCCAGGGUAGUGGGAUCUGACCCUUAGGCUUGCUAAAGCGAGGGGGCAUUAGGGUCGCGAAAGUGGAGGGGGCGUUAGGCUUGCUAAAGCGGAGCUGAAUGGCAGUCGAAAUUUGAGGAGGUGGAAUUUGGAAAGACGGUCAGACGUCGACCGGAAGUGUUUUUUUUUUUCCGAAGGUAGUUUGUCAUUCUUCUCGAUGGCAGUUUGUCGACCAAAUUUGAGAAGUUGCAAAUCCGGUGUGACAUCGAGCCGAAAUGUAUUCAGUUUAUUGACCAGGCGCAGUGUCUUUGACUACGUGUUCCCUCCGAGUCGAACAUAACGCACUCUGUAAAUGAACGUAUACAAGGUAUGUUUCCAGCCUGAUGCAGUCUAAAUGAGGGUGCGGUGUGUUCGGGGGAUGACGGUAGCUGUCGUGGCGAAAUGGAAGCACUGCAGACCAUCCAAAAGCGCAGCGGGGGCGCUGUCUUGCUGAAACAGAGCCGCAUGGAUGUUUUGACCAGUGGAUUAAGUACCAACCAAAGGAAUGUUGAGAGAGAGUAAUCGGAUAAUAUGCCAUUAGUGAGAAAGUAGGCCAGAUGCUGACCGAGAAAAGUCCGCCCUUGAAGGCACCGGUCGUGAAGGUCUCCUCAAAUGCACUACCGUUCCAACCCGAACACGACGUACGACGUACGGUCGUUAUAGCUUUAUUAGGCGCAACUUUUAGUCUAGAUACACCGAGUUGAACGAUGACCGGACUUUGUAUUCGGGUGGAGACGGUAGAAGGUACGACCGGUAGCUGUGUGGACUCAACAGAAGGUACUACCGGUAGCUGUGUGGACUCGACAGAAGGUACUACCGGUAGCUGUGUGGACUCGACAGAAGGUUCUACCGGUAGCUGUGUGGACUGUUCAGUGAAUCGGGAGAUUGCUGAUAGACGUUGAUCGUGAAGGCACAGAUUGCUGAUAGACGUUGAUCGUGAAGGCACUGAAGCCUCGCCUGCUCAUCUAAGCCACUAUUAGCGUUGACGCAUCCGAAAUAAAUGCGUGGCGUGGGAUAUGGGGAUUGGAUGGGAGUGCGAACUUGUAAGCGCCGUAGUAAGCGGAAUUCUCGACACAAUUGGCAUGUUGUUGGGGAAGGGUGGGUAUCUGAAACUUGUAUGUUGUUGGGGAAGGUGUACUUGAUUGCGGCCUUCCAAUCAGGCCAAGGAUACACGUUGAAUUUGGUUGAAAUUGUUUGCUUCUUUACUGUGAAUCUGUGAUGGCGAGUAGGAAACGCUUGAGUGGCCUCGUUGUACAGUCUAUGCAAGACGGGUCUGAGGUGUGAGUGGUAUAGGGAGGGGAGGAUGAUGACAGCCGGUUUGUUCUCGCUUGUAGUAUACUCGGUGGUGGUGUUCCGGUCGGGCUUAGGAUACACGCUGGAAUCGAUUUGUUCUUUCGCCUUUCCGACUUCUCUUUUCAUUUGGAGCUGUGAUGCGCAAAGCUUCGCUGUUUGAUUACUACUCCCGUUGAGUUUCAAUCGGCUUGAGCGCUUGCUAUCUUUCCAAUCACGCUGAAAUCGGCGACUUCUCUACUGUGAGGGUUUUUGUUACAAGGUUGUACAAGAGUAGCGAGUGGUUUCAGAAGGGAAGGGUGAUGACAGGCUCAACAGCCUAAAAAAAAUAAUAAUAAUAAAAAAUAAAAAAAUAAAAAGACAGGUUUAACAGCCGGUUUGUCCUCGUUUGUACAUAUAUUUGGUGGUGGUGCUCCAGUCAGGCUUAUUAGGAUUGUUACGGGGUUGUAAAAGAGUCGCGAGUGGUUUGGGAAGGGAAGGGUGAUGACAGGCUUGGCACUGUUGACAUCCGGUUCGUCCGCGUUUGUAGUAUAUUUGGUGGUGUCAUGGUGGUACUCCACUGCAGUCAGGCUUAGGAUGUACGCUGAUUACUUCUUUUUUGUACUGUGAGGGCUCGUAGGAACCGCUCAGUGCCCUUAUUACAGGGUUGUUGGAGAGUAGCGAGUGGUGUCGUCGGAACGGAAAGACGAUGAUAUUCGGUAUCGGAUUCCUCGUUUGUAGUGUACUUGUUGCAAGUGUCCCACUCACUGUAAGCCUGUAAGGAGGAUGCAUGUGCGAAGUUGAUUGCUCGUGUAUCGUGUAGCUUGUAAGAUUUGAGUGAGUGUUGGAUAAUUUAGGGUUGGAUUUUGUCGCGGAAUGGUUUUCCUACCAUGUAC